GGCCAAUAGUGAAAGUGAAAGAGAACGUGACGUUUCAACCAAACCGCGUACAAAUGUGGCACCUCUCUGCUCCUAGCUGUUAUUUCGCAUACAUUCAUGAGGAUUUCACGAGGAUUUACCCUUCGGCGUUCCCUCUGAAUUCUCCGUGACAAGUGGACAUGCAUAUGCUCGUUAAAUUGAUCUUCAUAACGGCGGCAUAUAUGUAUAAUAUCGCCAGAGCAAGCGGUGUCUGUGGAAAACCAGAACUGCCAGACAACACAGAACCUGUGCCAGACUUAUAUAUUGAUAAGAACAUUGGUGAAACUUUUCGCAUUAAGUGUGCAAAGGGCUACGUAAGGAAAGCGGGAACAUCCAGCCUGAUCCGAUGUACUCAAGAAAAUGGCAAUGCAUACUGGCACUCUGACCUUCCUCUCAAGUGUAUACCUGAUCCAAGAAAUCCACCUGUGGCCACAACUGAUCCAAGAAAUCCACCUGUGGCUACAACAGAGACCCAAAGUCCUCCUCAACAAUUCACAUCAUCUACCACAGAAAGAACAGCAAGAAAGCAUCCCACACUUUACUGCACAAGCUCGCCAACCACAGCAACAGGACAUAUAGCUUUGACAACAACAAAUGAAGUUGUCACAAACAAAACAAGAAGAACCACCAGCCAGCCAACUUUGAUGAACACAAGAAAAGAGACGGCGCCUAUUACAACAACCAAUGAGACAACAACCAGCUACACAAGCAGAGAAUAUGUGACAACAACAUCGUCACAUACACCGUCAGGCUCUUUCACUACAACAGGAGUCAAUACAUCUGAGAGGACCUCAACUAUUUCUGAAGGAAGAAAUACAGGGGCAGCCUUUUCUAAUGUUUCUUCAUCAACAGUAGGUGGAGUUACAGGCAUAAUUCUCCUUUGCCUGGCAGCAGUAUUAAUUUUCUUGUGGUUAAGACAUAGAAAUCAUAGAAACCACACUGAAUAUCAUCCCAAACCAGAUCCCUACACUUCCUACAUAGCUGUACCAGUCUGUGCAUCUGAACACAGUUCGGCUCAAUCAAACAAAGCUGAAAACUCAGCAGAAGACUCUGUCAUUGACAAAAAUCCAGGCAUCCCCCAAGGUGCGGACACUUGUGACGAGCUCCUCCCACAAACAGACUCCUGAUAAGCCUUGUUCAGACUCUCAGUCCAAAUCUAUUUUUUGUGCAUAUCUGAUUGGAAUCUGAUCAUAUUUAGCCAAUGUGAACAGGAAAAAGAAAUCACAUGAAAUAACAUUUUUACAAAUCUGUUUCAAGAUAUUUUAAUGUGUGGCCUAUUCAGAACACAUUUCUGGAAAUCUGAUUCAGGUCUGAUUGGAUUUUGCCACUUUCUCAUGCCAUGUUUAAUGUAAAUACAUCAGAUAUUGUUUGUAGAAAACAGGCCAAAUGUCUUUG